CUGCGGAGUUGUAUAGGGAUUGACUUUGAGGCUUGCAGGCUGUAUGUGUCUAAAGGAGCUGAAUUGCAUGAAGAGGCAAAUAGGCAGUCAGGGGCCCAAGUGAAAUGCCCCUGCACGAAGGCACACAUAAUGAGUUACAAACGGGAGGAGAUGGCAGCCAUUGGAACUUGGUGGGAUGAACAUUGUUGGGAUGCUGAAGUUGAUGGCUGUAAACCAUCAUGCUAGGGAGAAAGGGUGGGAGUUGGAUAUCAGGACCUGCUCUUGGUGGGCAUAACUUAGCAGUUCACUCUUUGUGUUCAUUCAACACUAUCCUCAUGUGAGAGCGAGAUGCGUUGAUUCUUUGCCAUCCUCAUGCUACUGCUAUGUUUCUGGGUAAGACUGAAAGCCCUAGAAAGGUGGGUAGAAAGCUGAGUACAUUCCCUACAUAGAGGUUUGGUUUCAAGUGUUGUGUUUGAGCUAUUUAUUGGUUGUAGGCAAAUGUUUUGCAUACAUACACGGUCAAUUUCUGAAAGUGGGAGAGUGUCAUAAAGAGGGGUGUGACUGACAUCCUCAGCCAAGGAGCUGAUAACUGGUAGACCACUGUGAGUUUAUUGUAUGUCAAUAAGGAGUUUAGAUUAAUGAAUUACCAAGGAAAUGCUGUGUAAAGGCUUUAUAAAGCUUCUCGUGUGGAGAUAGACAACUGGACAGUCUGGGUACUAAGAGAAAACCUGAGAGACACAAAGAAAAGGCAGUGUAAUACCAAAACAGGCGAAAAGAUAUUCAGGUUAGAAGAGGCUGCUCUUUGCAGGUACUAUGAGAGGCUUGCUGUCCUUCACAGCCCUUGCACUGCUUUUGCUGGUGCACAGCUCCCAGGCAGUCUAUGUCCAGGAUGGCGACUUGACAUUCUCCCUUGAAUCUGUGAAGAAGCUAAAGGAGCUUAUGGAUGAGAACAGAGUCAUUAACCCUCGCAUGGUGGUUUAUAAGGCUGGGUAUUCUCUAUGUGAAGAUAAAGAUCUCCCUGAGGUUUUCCAACCUGUGUGUAAAAGGGAAGAUGCACCUAUGAUUUUCGAGAGGCUGUACUUGAUUGCUGGUGAAGCUGAUUUGUGUGAAAUCUGUGCCAAUGCUGCCUGCUCUGGUUGCUUUUGAAUGAGGAUGAAACACUCCAAAAACAGUGUGCCAAGCUAGGAAGUUUGUGCAUUUGUAUUGCAAGAUCACAUACCCUCACAAAUCACUAUUUAGGCUUCAUCUUCACCACAGUCAAACUGAAGCUGUUAGCUCAUGUAGACAUACUAAGGGUAAUUUUGAAGUAGUGAGAUCAGAUAAUACCAGCAAUGCAGUUCUGGUAACAGGAAGACCAAACUUCAUGUGAGAAGCUGAAGAACCAUGAAGAAAGAGGCCCACACUGAGCGUUGUCUUGCCUUGAGCCAUGCCUGAGUUGUGCAUCUGUCUAUGUGAGCUGUGUCGUGGUUGACUGGAGUGAAAAUAUCUUGGAUUUGAUGUUUCAAUUUCCAUUAAUCUGUCUGGAUUGGAGCACGAUGGGUCAAACUGAGUAGUCUCCUCUAGCCUUUUAAUAUGUAAAUCUCCGUGUGAUCUGGCUUCCAUUACACAUAUACACCUAAGCAGCAUAGGGUUGUAAUCUUUUCCAGCUCAAGCUCUCCAGUUGGUUGGAUGAAUGUCUGUGCCUGUAGGUCUGGACAUGGUAUGUGUUUGAUUGUAACAGAGCUGUAGCAUAUAACCUGGGGACAAGUCAUAAGUGUUUAGCAACGCUUUAAUAGCUAGGAAAUUCUCCAUCUGUUACUUGUGCUAAUAUUUAAUGCCAGUUUACUGAACAGGUGUAGAAGAGCACAGGAGCUAGUGCUUUUGCUCAUGGUUGUACAGAAGUUCCCUUCUUUUGGCAGAUGUUCGUUAAGCUCUGUUUAGGAAAAAGGAAAUCCAAGCUGCAAUGCUGGAAUCACUUUGAAAGGAAAUCAUUGCCUUGUUUUUAUUUUUGAGUGGCAGUUUGUGAAGAUGGGGUCUACUGAUGUUUGUAUGCUACUGUACAUGAAAUAAAGGUUAGAGACAAUUUUGUUGUUUUGUUUGGUUUUGGCUUUUUCCCUUUCUUUGAUGGUCUACCUACUUCCUUAUCUCUUAUAUAAGUUCUUCCAUGUCUGAAUGUCCACUAGAGUAAAAGAUAACUUGUUAACCUUAAAAUAAUUUGCUAUUCAGUUUGUGGUCCUUAUAGUAAUAGUAAUAUAUAACUGCUUUGGAAUUUUAAAAUUAUUCCUUUUCAACUGUUAAGCCUCCAUUUUUUUAUAUUUUGGGGCCUCAACUCAGCAACUAUGUUCUCAUAAGAAUGUCAGUGCUGCGUGCCUGUUUCGAGACUGUUGAGUACUCCAGAACAAAAACAUCCAGGAGUGAAUGCCAAAAAGAGUCCCACACUAAGCAUCUUACUGCUGCCUUGAAAUUGGCACCUCUGGGAAACUGCAUUUCCUGACUCAAAACAGUUCUUGGUCUUAUUUUGAAAUUAAAGUCAUGUCUUUGGAUAUAGAAAAGCCACUUUGCAUUUUCUCUUAGAAUUGACUUGACGAAUCAUUUAGUCUUAGUACAGCAGCUUAGUAUGGCUCAGGUGGAGAGGGCAGAUUAUGCAUUUUGAAAUGAAGACUAAUUGGCAAAAAGAACAGAACCGAGAUCAC